UGACACAGGAAGUUUCAUAAAUGAAAGUGAAAGCAAGUUGCUGAGCCAAGAGCAGAAAGGACAGAAGCAGAAUCUUUUCAAAAGCAAGGUACAUUCUGAUCUGAAGGGCUGUGAAAAUCAGAGGACGUUCAAAGUGAAAAUGCCAAAUCUAAAUCCUUCUCGUAAACCACAACCUGGAGACUUGAUUGAAAUAUUCCGGACAGGAUAUCAACAUUGGGCCAUCUACACUGGAGAUGGAGAAGUUGUACAUUUAACUUCAGAUGGAUCGCUUUCAGGUGUGAGUUCUGGAUUAUCUAGUUCUACAGAAACUGGUGUGAUCAGGAGGGAUUCUCUUGCAAAUAGCGCUGGAGGUUCUUGCUACUCUAUCAACAACAGUGCAGACAGAGUAUGGGAAUCUUUGCCCAUUGGCUGGAUUAUAAAAAUGGCUAAAGCAAUGGCUGGACAGACAGUGUAUUACAGUAUAACAACAGCAAACUGUGAACACUUUGUUCACUUACUUCGGUAUGGAAGAAAGAAAUCAGUUCAGGCUGACAGAGUUUCCGCUAUCAUUCCUAUGGCAAAUCCCAAGUUUUCAAAUGUGUAUGACGGGCAACACGUGAAAACAAUGGAAGAGGAGUAUCAGAGUGCACUGCGCAACUCACAUCCAAAGCCUGGAGACAUGAUUAUGAUAUUGAGGCCCAAGUUGAAUCAGUGGGCAAUCUAUGUCGGAGAUGGGGAUAUCAUAUAUCCAGAUUCAGGUCGUGUGGUUGUGAGGAAACCUCUUUUUGAGGUAGCUGAAAGUGAUCUCUGGUGCAUCAACAACAAACUGGACAGCAGCAUGAAACCGUUGUGUGUUAAAGAGAUAAUAAGAAAUGCUAAAGCAAUGAUUGGACAAGAAAUAGCAAUGAGUGAAGAAGAGUUUAUCAGGUAUAUUCGGUGUGUUAAAAAGGUUGGUUCUUCCUCUGCUGUCACGAAGAAAGUCAACCAUGCCACUAAUGGAGCAAAUGCCAUUGGCUUCGCUAUUUUCAAAAUUGUCAUUUACACCAUUGUUGCUGCGCUGGGGAUCGUGAUGCUCUUAUCUGCUGCAGACAUUCUAGAUGUCUGCCUUUUACCUUUCAUUUAAAUGCUGUUCUUAAAAUGACAUUCCUGUUUUUGUUUAGUACCCAGGUCACCGUUGAAAGUAAUAUUGUGUAUAGAGUCUUGGACGUACACUCAGUGGCUACUUUAUUAUGUCCCCCUGUAGACACUCUUGCAUGUUACAAGUUCAAAGUAAAAUUUAUUAUUAGAGUACAUACAUGUAACCACAUAGACAACCCUGAGAUUAUUAUUCCUGCGAACACAAUCAGCAAAUCUACAGAAGAUUAACUAUAAACAGGAUCCAUGAAAGAGCAGGAGCAUAGAAGACAACAAAAUAUGCAAAUGCAAAUAUAAAUAAAUAACAAUAAAUAACGAGAGCAUGAAAUAACAAGAAAAAGAGUCCUUAAUGUGAGACCAUUGGUUUUUGGAACAUCUCGAUAAAUGAGUGUAGUUAACCUCUUUUGUUCAAGAGCCUGAUGGUUGAGGGGUAGUAACUGUUCCUGAACCUGGUGGUGCGAGUCCUGAGGCUCCUGUACCUUCAACCUGAUGGCAGCAGUGAGAAAAGAGCACGGCCUGGGUGGUGGGGAUCUCUGAUGAUGGAUGCUGCUUUCCUACCACAGCGUUUCAUGUAGAUGUGCUCAAUGGUUGGGAGGGCUUUACCCAUGACGUACUGGGAUGAAUCCACUACCUUCUGUAGGAUUUUCUGUCCAAAGGCAUUGAUGUACCCAUACCAGGCCAUGAUGCAGCCAGUCAAUACACUUUCCACUACACAUCUAUAUAAGUAUUAUCAAGGUUUUAGAUGACAUGCCGAAUCCUUGCAGUCUCCAAACAAGUGAACGAGUAAUCUUUGGGGUACUGCAAGUCUGUGUCUUUGCUGUACGCUUGAGUGCUCGGUGGUGGGAGCCAAUGCUUUUUUUUUGCUGAUGGGGGGGAGGGGUGUUGUUGCUUUGCUGCUGCUUACAUGGGAGGGAGAGGAGCUGGGAGGGACUUCGGGGUUCUAACAUUUAACUGUCAAUCAUUCUUUGGGGGCAUUCCUCUGUUUUUGCAAAGAAAAAGUACUUCAGGAUGUAUAUUGUAAACAUUUCUCUGACAUUAAAUGUACCAUUGAAGCCAAAGGAAGUGGAGGUGCUGUCAUGCUUUCUUUGCAAUUACAGUUAUAUAAUAGGUCUAGGACAGCUUCUCUGAGAUAGUGACACCCAGGAAUUUGAAGAUACUGACCCUCUCCAUUUCUGAUCCAACAAUGAGGAUUGGCUCAUGGACUUCUGGUUUCC